UACUUACACAAUUCACCAUAUUGCUUAAUCAUAUCUUUCAUAAUAAUAUACCUAAUCUCAUUCAGCCCAUCAUUUUUGGAGCCCGCUUAAUAUCCUUAAAUAAAACCAAUGGGGACAUCAGGCCUAUUGCAAUAGGGUCACUCUUCCAGCGAAUCAUUUCCAAAAUAAUUUGCUCCCGUAUAAAAUCUAACCAUCCAAUCUACUACAACCAAACCAGUUUGGUUUUAAUGUUGCUGGAGGAUGUGAGGCUGCAUCCCACUCGACACGUGUCAUUCUCCAUAAUACACAUGAUCAAUGCAUUCUCAAAAUCGACCUACAUAUAGAAGGGAACAUUUUAUACCCUCCUUUUGUGAAACUUUCCCAGAUUAUACAACAUACAUCGCUGCAUGUUACAACCUACCCACCUUUUUAAAAUUUAAUGAUUCUAUUAUUAAUUAUACAUAAUGACAAUAAUAUUACCCCUCUGCCAGAUCCAAUAAUUCCAACUUCACCCAUAUGCCAUCUAGGAUAUAAAUGGUUAGAAACUGUACCUAGUUCUAAUCUAGGCUUGUUAUUAACGAAGAACUCAGAAUAGGCAUAGGCCUUCGCUUAGGAUGUGAAAUCGUAAUACCUACAUCAUGCGUCCUAUGUGAAACCCACAUCGAUAGUCUUGGACACCACCCCCUUCACUGUCGUUUCUCAAAAGGCAGAUUACCCAGACACCAUGUCCGGUAGUUUCAGAUACUGUGGAUCAUUUGGACCCCAAGCCCUAAAAUUAUUCAAAACAAUAGGGCAAAGGUUACGCUUAAUCACAGAUGACCCAAAAGAAGGCUCCUACCUUCGACAGAGAAUAUCAAUUGAAAUAUGCCGUUCUAACUGCAUAUCCAUACAUGGGUCUAUAAGCCCCGUUGAUCAUACCUAAUUAAAUAUUUUUUCGUUUUCGGCUUUGAACUAAAAUAAAAUGGAAGGAAAUUUAACUGAACGAUAAGACAUUUAUUAUCAUAACUUUAAAUGACAUUUGGAGUUAAUCUCCUGAUCGUAUCUGCGAUCUUAUCGCUUCUAGUGCAUCUAAGAAACUGCGCCGAGAUCUUGAGCAUAAAUAAUGUGGGAUCUAACGACUUAAUUCGAUUGAAAUUGCGAAAGAUCAGGGAUGGUCCUUUAGUGUGCGUUCUAGAGGCGGAGGAGCCAGUGCGAUGCCACGAUUGCCCUUACGCCAUUUACGAGAGAAAUUUCCAAGGGUGCAUAUUGGGAUGUCAUUGCGUGGACCAACCGCCGGAAUGCAAAGAGCGAGGUUGCCCGACGUGCAACGAUCAUCGCCUCAUUUAUACCCGAAACGAGAUGGGUUGUCUGGUCUGCACUUGCUCUGGGGCGAAUCUUCAACCACCCGAAGAUGGGCCAUAUAGCCCCAUCGGGCCAGGGAUACCCGACGGAAAUGUGCCUUCUUAUCUCGGCGAAGAUUACUACAGAUUACCGAACGCUCCUAGCGAGGUUAGCCAUUAUGGGUUCGGUGGUCACGGGCAUAUCAAAGUUCACCAACCCGAUAAAAUAUCUAUAUCUACGGCCGACAUUGAUGAAGGAAUAAGCCCAGGCAACCCAGAUGAUUAUCCACCGAUAGAGGAUCCUGGUUUGGGUUACGAUAACUCUCAAAUUGUUCCGCCGGAUGAGGAAGAGACUCCUGACAUUCGAGACGGAGAAGAUGACACUAUUGAUAAAGAAGAUAAUGUUCAAGGUCUGGGCGGAAACAAGGUUGCUAAACUUGAUAUAACCGGACGUUUGGCGGACAAUACAUUCGGGAAAAGGGAAAGAAAGAUAGCUCAAAAUAUAGGAUCGAUCGGGAAGAAUUUAAGGGAAUACGGAAGAUUGAACGGGAAACGGCGUUUAACGGAAAAAAAUAGGAACAGUAAUUUCAAAAAACGUCGAAUGUCUCCAAGGAGGAUAUAUAAAUUUAAAUAUUGAAAGCAAGAAAGAAAGAAAAAAAAUGUUCUCUUACUAUAGUAUAAUAUCGUAUUAAUAGUUUUAAAUUUACCGCGUUACGAAAUUUUCUAUGAUUUUAAACAAUGUUUGCGUGAACAUCUAGUGGAUCGAUUUAUGAUUUAUACGGCGUUUCAUCUGAUCGA